AUGGGCCAACAACAACAACAAAUGGGGGAAUUGCUACAAAAGAUGCAAUGGCAGCAGCAACAGUUCAUGGCUACCAUCACAACCCAGAUGCAAGCAAAUGCACAAAAUGUGCAGCCCCCGCCAGGAAAUCCCACUGCCAAUAUACUGCCAAGGGCAGCAACAGCUCCUCCAAGAGUCAUAAACGAUGCUACUUCCUGGCUAAUGAAGAGGUUUCUCAAGAUUCAACCUCUCACUUUUGGUGGGAUUACCAAUGACACCCUCCAACCGAUGAAGUGGGUGAAGGAAAUGGAGAAAGCAUUUGAGCUCUUGGGUUGUACCGAGGCGCAGAAGUUACAAUGUGCUAGGUAUAAAUUGCAACAUGAAGCUGAAGCUUGGUGGCAGACAACCAAACCUAUUCUUGCUGCUGCCCAUCCUGAAUUGACAUGGGAGAUAUUUAAAGAAGCGUUCUUUGGGAGUUAUUUCCCCAGUUGUGUUAGAAGGAAGAAAGAAGUAGAAUUCACAGAGUUGAACCAAGGACCGAAAUCAGUCCUAGAGUACCAGCAGAUGUUCGAGGAGCUUUUCUUCUUUGCUCCUGAACAUAUGAAGACUGACGAGGCCAAGGCAAGGAAGUUUGAAGAUGGGCUGAGACCUUCCCUCGGCCAUGUAAUGGUAGCACACAAGGCACAAGGCUACUCUGAGGUCGUCCAAUGGCCAAGGCAAUAG